AUGGGAAUGAAAGUGCAUGGUUUGAUUGUCAAGAGUGGGUUUGAGCAUGAUGUUGUUCUUGCAACUUCACUUCUUCAGAUGUAUGCAAAUGUUGGUUGUUUAGAUGAUGCAUGCUAUGUAUUUGAUGAAAUGGCUGGUCUGGAAAUUUUCUCCAUGAUGGCUCUUGAGAAGGUUGAUAUUGAUAUUGUCGCGCUGAUGAAGGUGGCUGAGGCUUGUGCUUGUUUGGGAGCACUUAAACAGCUGAAAUCAGUUCAUGGUUAUUUCAUCAAGAGAUGGAUUGAUGUUGAUACCGAUACUGAUAGGUGGAAAGUGGGUAAUUUCCUUAUAUUGAUGUAUAGCAAAUGCGGUGAUUUCCUUGUUGCGGAGAAACUGUUCAACGGAGCAACUGAGAAAGAUGUUAUCUCUUGGACUUGUAUGAUUUCAUGCUGCAAUCAGAGGUCCUGCUACAGAGAAGCAUUGGAAAUUUUUAUUCAGAUGCAAGCAUAUGGCAUUAAGCUCAAUGCAAUAACCAUGAUGAAUGUUCUGCACUCCUGCACUCGUUUGGGAUACCUGGGAGAAGCGUAUGCGGAAAAUGGUUCUUCAAGGAAAGCAUUAGAAGUCUAUGUUAUGAGGACAGAAGGCCUCUUUCCUGAUUCAUUCACCUUGUCGAGUACUCUCCCUGCGUGCGGACAUAUUGGUGACUUGUGUGCAGAUAAAGCUUACAAAAUAUUUGCAGAGCUUGAAUCAAAGGACAUAGUUACAUGGAAUGCAAUGAUCAGUGGGUAUGUUCAGAAUGGUAAAUCAGAAGAAGCAAUAGCAUUGUAUUAUCAGAUUCAUCGUCACUGUCUCAAGGAAGAUCAUGUCACUUUUUUAACUGCAAUUCAGGCUUGCUCCCAUCUAGGUUCUUUGGCAUAA